AUGUGCGAUGCAGUCGUCUCACCCUUACGGGAGACUUCCGUCCUUCCGUUGCAAGAGGCCAAGAAGGAGCAGAAUCCUUGCAGUGGCUGUACUCUUGGCCGGUCACGCUCAUAUCUUGACCGGCCCGGUCUGUUGCUUGAAGGAUCCGGUUUCCUCGGACCUGUUGGGAAGACUUCCAAAGACUCGCCUUGCCAUCUCCGCUUCGACUACGGGUAG